AUGGCGUAUCUUCCCAAUUUUGAUGAUUUGCCUCCGGUCAAGGGCAUGCCCCAAGGCUGUGCCUGGGGUGUGUUUGACAAGAAUGGCAACAAGGACCUCCUUGGAACGCUGAACCUGCUUACUCCGGAGGUUGUCAAGGAUGCUGCAGCCGAGGUCCGCCAAGGGCUGUCGAUUUCUCUCAAUUGGCCCAUUGGAAGCAUCAAAAUCCCCGGUUUCUUUCGCAAGAGUCUCUGCCACAAUGUCAUGAAACUCGAAGACCCAGUAUCAGGAUGUCAUUUCGGAUUUGACGAUGAGGUGGAAUUUAAUACCCAAGCCAGCAGCCAAUGGGAUAGUUUCUGUCACUUCAUGCACCUCUCCACCAAGCUAACCUACAACGGAGCCAAGCCAACAAUCAAAGACCUCCAAAAUCCCAAUCCUGCCCAGCAACUCCCAACCCUAGAUCACUGGCACCAACGCGGCUGUGUAACAGGCCGAGGGGUACUAAUCGACUUCGCACGUUACGCACACGCCAAACAAAUCCCCUACGAAAAGUUCUCCAACUUCCACAUCGGGCCAGCAGACAUCGAAGCAGUAGCUGCGCACGAAAACAUAACCUUCCGCCCGGGCGACAUCCUCCUAAUCCGAUUCGGCGUCACCGAAACACUAGGUGGCAUGACAGGCGAGGAACAAGGUGCCGCAAUGAGCAGCCACAAGAUGUGCGGAGUAGAAGGGAGUAAGGAGAUGGCGCGCUGGCUAUGGGAUAGACAUUUUGCGGCAAUUGCCUCGGAUAAUAUGGCUGUUGAAGCUAUGCCUUCUAUUAUUGAUGGUGUUGAACAGCCGACUCAUGAGCUUGUUUUGCAUCAGUGGUGUUUGAGUUUGCUUGGUAUUCCGCUUGGUGAACUUUGGGAUUUGAAGGCUUUGACGCCGUUGAAUGUUCCUGGUGCUGUUGGGAGUCCGCCGAAUGCGUUGGCCAUUUUGUGA